GUUGAGUAUAUCUCGUUCAUUUCUCGGUUGUUAUUAAAAUCGUAAAAUGCGCAUUGAAACGCAGACGGAUUCACGAUACAACGCUAAUAUAUCAUGAUACAUACAUAUUUUUUAAUUUGUGCAUAUGACGAUAUGAUUUUUAAGUGUGUAUAAAUUGCCGCUUGUAUUACCAUUCUUUUUUCCGAACUUUGUUUUGAUAAAUUUACUUUUGUUUUGAUAAGUUUUUCGUUUCGAAAAUUUGCAUUUCAUUUGGACCGAAGAAGAAAUAAAAACAAACGGCAAAGGGACAUUAGCAACAACGGCUGUUACAUUUCUUUCAAACUAAAGACAGUUUGCGGGUCUCGCAUUGAAAAAAAAGUGCUCAUUUCUGUUGAUGAGUGAUUUGCAGUUGCUUUCAAAUAAGAUUAUUUUGUUUUUCCAAAUAAAAAAAUAGAAAUAUUUAAUUUUUUUUCGGGCAUAAUUUCGAUGUGUUAGUGUUUUCUUUGCCUCCGGCUUUUUCACGUGUGAAAGGUGUUUGCAAAAUAAACAGGAACGAAAGCUGGGAGGGAGAGUGAGAAAGGAAAAGAAAGAAGAAAAAAAACACAUUGGUGCAAUUAAUCAAAAGUCAAACGAUCGGAUUUUGUUUGCGGUCGGAAAUUUUCGCACAUAUUUUCUGUUCACAUAAUAACUAAUUGAGGAUAAGAAUAAGACAUAGAAAGAAUCGUCGUACGGCAGAAAGCUAACUGAUUAAAUCAUUUUGCAAGCGGAGCGAUAAGGACAGAGAGUGUAAUUCAACAUUGUAUUUUUUUGCUAUUGCUGCUGCUGCUGCUGCUGCUGCUGCUGCUGUGAAUGCAAAUAAGUUUGAAUGCAGCGCAACAACGACACUUAUUGGAUUACAAUUAAAGCGUGAUGAUGAGACACGGCAUAUGUGUGUGUGCAUGAUUCUCUCGAAUAAUGAUAUCAAUGUGGAUUAAUGGAAUUCAUCAAUGGAAUGUUAUUCGCUAAAAUAUUUCGCAUACUAAUUAAUUACGAAAUGUUUUGUGUGUGCAUGUGCUUAGAUAUAAAAUGAUGAUGAAGUGACAUACAGCCAAAACAAUCGCUAAUAAUUCGUAUAUUUAACGAAAAAACAAAACAGAGACAUUUGUACACAAUAAUUUCACCUUUGUUAAGUGUUCGUGUAUGCGCCGAAAAAGGAGGAAAUGCGAAGUAUGCCAAAGCCAAUUAAGUGCAAGUGCAAGUGCAAAUGCAAGUGAAUGAUGUAAGGCAAAAGUGAAUCAAAUGAAAAAAAUUAAAUGAUGCAUGGCUAGGUUGGUGUACAAUGAUUUUUCAUAUUCUAAAUGCAUUUCGUUGACAAAAAUAAAAGUGAAACAAACUGCAAAUAUAAAAAAAAACGAUAAAUAUUAAUCAACGAUACGGAUAAAAAGACAUUGUUUUUUUAUCAAAGCAAAAAUAAAACAAAACCACACUCACAUAUAAACACAAAUACGCCGCAACAAAACGACAACAACAAUAAAAACGUGCUCUCUUCUGUCAAGAGAGACAAUCAUCGAUUGGCCAAUUUUGUGUUUGUUGAAAUUUAGAAAAAAUGAGUCGUAACAUUCAAUCGCCGACUAAAUCGUUAUCGUCACCGUCUUGGACGUCGUUUGUUAACAGCAAUAAUAGUGGUUUUAAUGUGAUACCGACAGCAAAUAAUAAUGGCAGCACUUUGAACGCAUCAAUUAUCAUGUCGGGUACGCAACAUUCGCAACAACCAUUCACUGCCACCAUACACACAACGGGCGCUGCACAAAAUCAAAUUAACUCGAACAGAAUUACAAAUGAUUCGCAGUCAAAUCAAGUGCAAGCGCCACCAUCACACAUACAACAAUAUUCAAAUGAUUCACAGUCAUCAAUCGAUAAUAAUAUGACGAUGCGAUCGAUCAAAGUGAAUGGUAAAAUGAGUUUUACAGCGGGAAAUGGCAGCAUUGGCAUCAAUAAUGUAUCGGGCAAUGGCAAUAUUAAUUCGGAUAAAAUUUAUUUAGCAAAUAAUGUCGAUAGUCGAAAAAGUGUGGCGCAUCAACAACAGCAACAGCAACAACAACAACAGCCGCAUAUAGCAACAAUAAAAGCGUUGUACGAAGAACUCACCAAAUCUGUACCGUAUCAAAAUCGUGGUAAUGAUUUUAUUACAUAUUUGCUAAAUAGCAAUAAAGCAAAUAGUAAAACGCAGGCCAUUGCAUUGUUACAAUCUCUCAUUGAAAAUGGAUACCUGUUGCCAAUGAAUGCAAAUGCAAUGGACGAAAAUAGUGAUGGCGAUCGGAUGGUCGAUUUCAAUGAAAAUUACAUUUAUCGAUUGUUAAAGACGAACGACAGCAUUUCAAAUAAUAGUGCGUACGCCUUGAACCUCGAUGUUGAUAAUAAUUCACCCUAUUUAAGUCGACAAGAACCAAAUAUGAUUGGUUCAGAGGAACUUUCGCCAUCGAGCAGUCUCAACGAUUAUGGCAUGAAUGACUGCAGUGAUCCAAAACGGGCCAAAAAAGGUCCAACGCCUCGGCAACAAGAAGAAUUAUGUUUAGUUUGUGGUGAUAGAGCAUCUGGUUAUCAUUAUAAUGCGCUUACGUGUGAGGGUUGUAAAGGUUUUUUUCGACGGAGUGUUACCAAAAAUGCGGUCUACUGUUGUAAAUUUGGACACGAAUGCGAAAUGGAUAUGUAUAUGAGACGCAAAUGUCAGGAAUGUCGGCUUAAGAAAUGUUUAGCGGUUGGUAUGCGACCCGAGUGUGUAGUGCCAGAAAAUCAAUGUGCAAUCAAACGCAAAGAGAAGAAAGCACAAAAGGAGAAAGACAAACAGCAAAUUCCACCAACGAUCAAUUCAUUUGAUGCGUAUAAAAAUGAAAUACCAACGCUGAUGAAAUGUGACCCACCUCCAUAUGCUGAAGCAACGCAACUCUUACCGCAAAAACUAUUGGACGAGAAUCGUGCACGAAACAUCCCAGCAUUAACACAAAAUCAAUUAGCAGUGAUUUACAAGUUGAUUUGGUAUCAAGAUGGCUACGAACAACCAUCCGAAGAAGAUUUAAAGCGAAUUAUGAUCCAAACUUCUCCGGAUGAAAACGAGGAUCAAAAUGAUGUUCAUUUUCGUCACAUCACUGAAAUCACCAUUCUGACAGUACAACUGAUUGUUGAGUUUGCAAAAGGUUUGCCAGCAUUUACGAAAAUUCCCCAAGAAGAUCAAAUUACAUUGUUAAAGGCAUGUUCCAGUGAAGUGAUGAUGUUACGAAUGGCCCGUCGGUAUGAUGCGGCCUCCGAUUCCAUUUUCUUUGCCAAUAAUCGAUCGUAUACACGUGACUCGUAUCGAAUGGCCGGCAUGGCAGACACCAUUGAAGAUCUGUUACAUUUUUGCCGUCAAAUGUACUCGAUGCGUGUCGAUAAUGUUGAAUAUGCAUUACUCACCGCAAUUGUUAUAUUCUCCGAUCGACCGGGUCUCGAACAAGCCGAAUUAGUUGAGGCAAUCCAAAGUUAUUACAUAGACACAUUACGAAUUUACAUAUUGAAUCGGCACGGUGGCGAUGUCAAAUGUAUGAUUGUAUUCGGUACAUUGCUGGCAAUUUUAACCGAACUCCGAACGCUGGGCAAUCAAAAUUCAGAAAUGUGCUUUUCACUGAAAUUGAAAAAUCGUAAACUGCCACGAUUUCUGGAAGAAAUCUGGGACGUACAGGAUAUACCAUCGACAAUAACCAACAACACAAUUGUAACACCGUCGACGGUGGUCACGACGGCGUCCACCACGGUAUCACAACUUCAGAUACCACAAUCACAACAACACUAAAAGAUGAUGGCACAACAGCAACAACAACAACAACAACAACAACAACACACUCAGAAUAACAUAGAAGAUUAACAACAACAACAAAUAUAAAAUCGAAAUCAACACACAGACAUACUAUUUAAUUGAAUUUUACAUUCGUAAGAAUACAAUUAUAAAUGAGAUGAAGAAAGAAAUCAUGAGCAGGAAACUUAAUUUAAAUUCACAUUAAAAAAAAAACAAUGAGAGAAAACGAAAAAACACACGCACACACACACACACUUUCAUGCACCGAGAAAGAUCCAAUAGAAAUCAUCUAUGGCAAAAAGAAAAGCUGGUAAACACGUGCUAAGUUUAUAAAAGAAAAGUGCGCAGAUUUUCCAAGCCAACCGAAAUAGAAGAAGUGCGUGUGUGUGUGUGUGUAUGCGUGUGUUGAUGUGUUAAAGAUGGAUGAUCGCGUUCGUGCGACCACUAUAGAAAUGUUAAGAAACAAAGAAAAUUAAACUACAUGAAUUACCUCUUAUAUUAGGAGAAAACGAGUUCGAGAGUAAAUGCGUGAUUUCGAAAUAACGAAAGAAAAAUUGCAUGAUGAAUUAAACCAGCCGACGAAUUAGAUUGAUGAAAUAAUUACAAAACAAAAUGUUUAAAGUGAAUGAAAUCUGAAGUAAAAUUAUAUAGGAGAACACACAUACACACACAAAAGAAAUAAAUCGGCUGUAAAUGACGUUUUUCAUUUGAUGAUGGAGUGUAGCAAUAGAUUUGAAUGUUUGCUCUCAUCGAAAAACAUUUUUUGUGUAAAAUGUAAAUAUUUUUAAGGAUUCUUAGGCGUAUAGUUACAAGAAGGAUGUGGAUCAUGAUUAAAACACUUACAGAAAAGAAGAAAAAAACACACAACACAACAGAAACAAAUACGAUUUAGGAAAAGAGAGUAUACAGAUACAACUUUAAAAAUGAUGAUUCCUUUUUUUGUUUUUAUUUUUUACAUAUUACUAAUAAUAUUUGAGAUAUGAUAACAACAAAAAAUUAUAUGAUGUGUAUGAUUUAAAUGAUUAAGAUAAAAAUGCAUCGUGAUCGCGCGCGCUCGCUUGAGAUAGUGCGCCGAAAAAUGAAUGAUGAUUUUAUAUAUAUUUAUAUAUGUAUGGAUUAUGGAAUGGUAAUAUGGAAAAUGCAGGCAAAUCGAAUGCAAAGACAAAAAUCCAUGCACACACACACAAUAAUAAGAAAAAAACAAUUUUAUUCGAUUUACUCGAGAGAGAAAAAUGAAUGGGCAAACAAAAAGUAAAACACAAAUACACUCAUUCAAAAUACGUACGAAACAAAUUUGAAUAAAAUCGUUAAAACCAAUUUACCAAUUCAUUCUAAUCACUAAACAAUUCUGUUCACGUUCAUUCUUACAUAGAGCAAGAGAAAAGUAUUCAGUGAUGCGCUUCGUGAAUCAAACAUGUGAAUGCAUAAAAUAUUUUCAAUGUUCAUGGGCAGCUGAUGAAUUAAAAUCAUACACAAUGAACAUCGUUGCGUAUUUUAUUUUGUAAAUUAUAUACACACUGAGCAAACACGAAAUAUUUCAUCAACAAAAGCGAUUAGAAUAAUUUGAAGUUCUUUUGAAAAAAAGAACGAAACUGGCCGAUGGCGUACGCCAAAAAUUAAAAAUGAUUCGCACUUCGAAAUUGCAAACAAAAGAAACCCAAGUAUUUAUAUUAAAUUUCUGAGAGAAAAAUUAAACACACACACAUAUAUGUAUACACAUGUUGAUGAGGAAAAUUCAAAUGAUAAAAGAAUCAAAUACGAACAAUACACUUACUUUUUUCGGUUUAAUUUGUUUUAGAUUGAUAUGAAUGAAAGCAACAACUACAAGAAAAACACUAAUAUUCACGAUUUUCCUCGUUUCAGGCACUCAUACAAAACAAAACAAAAAACAUCAUAAAAGAGUAAAUUCAUUUCAUCAAAAAAAAAUUCAUCCAUUUCAUGAUAAGAUGUCAUUCAUUACACUUUCCGAUUCGAAUUUUUUUUUUAUGUAAACAUUUAUUAUUCUGAUUUUGGUAAAUCGUAAGAGAGAGAAACAAAAAUUAAUUUAUUGUUAAAAAAUUAAAUGAGACGGAAGAAAAAAUUAUUUUUAUUUUUUUGGACUGUACAACGAUACACACAAGGAAAAUUGUUGAAAAUUAAAAAAAAAAAGAAAAGCGCGCCGCGCCAUUGGCGAGACAGACACAGAAAGAGAAUAUGAAUGAAUUUCUCUCGGAUUUUAAAUUUGUUUCGGUUCGACUAAACGAUAAACGUUUUCUUUUUCUCAUCCAUUUCAAUUCGCACAAUGAAAAUAA